GGGAGUAGGGUAGGCGCUGUGGGAGGGAACGCCAGUGCAAGGCGGUGAGCGGAGGUGGUCGCGUGAGGUGCAGCGCCUCCGCUUCAGGUGUGACUGGCAGCUGUGGCUGGGCAAAGAGCUAAGAGGCGAGUGCGAUACUCCGAACUGUGUGAGCGCAGUCACCAUGGACCGCCCAGGUGAGGGGCCUCCAGCCAAGACCCGUCGCCUGAGCAACUCUGAGCCCCCUCAGUGCGACCUGCCCCCGCCGCCGCUCCUGCGCCCGCCCCUGCCUCCACCCAGCAGCGCCCACCAGCAGCGCCCAAGGCUCCGGGAGGAAACCGAGGCGGCACAGGUGCUGGCUGACAUGAGGGGGGUGGGACUGGGCCUCGCGCUGCCCCCGCCGCCACCCUAUGUCAUUCUCGAGGAGGGAGGGGUCCGUGCGUACUUCACCCUGGGAGCUGGGGGUCCUGGCUGGGAGCCUACGACUGAGUCAGGGUAUGGGGAGGUGCCCCCUCCCACAGGGAACCUGGAAACACUCCCCUCUUCCGAGGUCUCUGGGGGAAGCCUGGAAAUUGACUUUCAGGUUGCUGAGGAGAAGGCCCUAGAAACCUGUAGCGCAUGGGGGCGGGGGUCCCAGAGGUUAGUUGGUCCAAAGAGGAAGGAAGAGGCUGUCAUCUUAGUGGAGGAUGAGGAUGAAAAGGAAAGUGUGAGGAGAAGGAGGAGGAGGAGGAGGAGGAGGAGGAAACAGAGGAAGGUGAAGAAGGAAAGCAAAGAGAGGAAUUCCGAGAGGAUGGAGAGCAUCCUACAGGCGCUGGAGAACAUUCAACUGGACCUGGAAGCGGUGAACAUCAAGGCAGGCAAGGCCUUCCUUCGUCUUAAGCGCAAGUUCAUCCAGAUGCGAAGACCCUUCCUGGAACGCAGAGACCUCAUCAUCCAGCAUAUUCCAGGCUUCUGGGUCAAAGCAUUCCUCAACCACCCCAAAAUUUCAAUCUUGAUUAACCAACGCGAUGAAGACAUUUUCCGCUACUUGACCAAUCUGCAGGUACAGGAUCUCAGACAUAUCUCCAUGGGCUACAAAAUGAAGCUGUACUUUCAGACAAACCCCUAUUUCACAAAUAUGGUGAUUGUCAAGGAGUUCCAGCGCAACCGUUCUGGCCGGCUGGUGUCUCACUCCACCCCAAUUCGCUGGCACCGGGGACAGGAACCUCAGGAGUACAAGCACAGGAACAAGGGUACCAGCAACAGCUUCUUCAACUGGUUCUCAAACCACAGCCUCCCAGAGGCUGACAGGAUUGCUGAGAUUAUCAAGAAUGAUCUGUGGGUUAACCCUCUCCGCUACUACAUGAGAAGAAGGGGCUAUAGGGCAAGCAAGAAGAAGCAAGAAGAGAAGGAAAGUAAAACCAAGCAUGAAUGUGAAGUGGUGAUCAUGGAAGAUGCUUAUGACUAUUACGCAGUAGAAGAUGGUCUCAGUGAGUUCUCAGACAUUGAUGAGACCACCGACAAUGAGACCAUUCAUGACAUCAAGAUCUCUGAUUUCAUGGAAACCACUGACUACUUCGAGACCACUGACAAUGAGAUAACUGACAUCAAUGAGAGCCUCUGUGACAGUGAGAGCCCUGAUUACCAUGAGGGCCCUGACAAUGAGACCACUGAUAACAAUGAGAGUGCUGAUGAUGAGACCACCGACAACGAGAGUGCCAAUAACAAUAGCAGCCCUUACAACAACAGUGAGGACACUGAUGGUGACAAGAACCUCAAAGGCGGCAACCAGGACAGCAGUGAUAGUGACAAUGAAAGGGAUGAAGAGAGUGAUGAUGAGGAUAAUGAUGGCAAUGAAGGUGACAAUGAAGGCAGUGAUGAUGAUGGCAAUGAAGGUGACAAUGAAGGUAGUGAUGAUGAUGAAAGAGACAUUGACUACUAUGAGAAUAACAUUGACGACUUUGGCAAGGUUCAGGUUAAUAGCACCAACCAGGAUGACUACGAGGACAAUGUAGAGAUCAUCUCAGAAGAAUCAGUGGAGGAAAAAGAGGAGGUCAGUGAGGAAGGCAGCGAACAAGGUGAAGACUUCUAUGAAGAGGAAGGAAGCUAUGAAGAAGGACUUGAAUACUACUCGGAAAUAGGGGAAGACUCCGAAGACUCCAACAUGGAGGAGGUGCUUCGGGUGCCAAACACUUGGGCCAACCCUGGAAAGAGGGGGAAAACCGGAUAAACAGCUUACCCUUGUGUGGGGUCACCUCUCUGUUUCUCUUUCCUCCUAACCUGUUUGCCCUCUUCUUCAGUUAGGGGCAUGCAGCUCCAUAAUGUACUUCUGAGGGGUGGGUAACUGACUUCCUACACAGGUUUAAAGUUUAUUUUUAUGGUUUAGUAAUUACAGAGCUCUUAUUUUGGGGGGAGUGAAUGGGGGAGUCCCCCUUCUUUGACCCUCUUUCCCCUCAGGCUUCUGUGUGCUGCUAGAUGUAUUUAUUGUGAUGCCUUGGUCAGGGCCCCUCUAUCUCCCUUCUCAUCAGUGUUGACUUCAGCCCCUCUCCCCUCGCUGUUUGGACACCCUGAUCUCAAAGCGGAAAGGGUGGCUGUAAACUUCAUUGCAGCCGAGCAGUGGCCAUGGAGACUCUGCUGUGCCCUGUUUUCUCUAGUCUUUUUCUCUCUCUUCAUUCCUCUCCUCUUCCAGCCGUGCACGUUAGCCGGCCUCGGUGUCUAUGCAAGGCGCCGUUUUGUCACUGCAGUGUUCUUGUGCCCCUCCCCCAGAAG